CUUCAUCUCUCGUUCUUCAUCAAUUAUCACGGAGAUGAUGGCCAUGUCCCUGGCGAUUUAAGCUCAAUUUUCCCGUUCUUAUUACCAUGGAUUGUGUGUGGUGAUUUGUCCAUUGAUUCCCAGUAUAUACAUAUACUACUAUCAAUUUAUGCGCUCGAUCGGGCUGGCCCCUAUUUCCAUCAUAUUUCUUACCGAUAGCUUUGUCGAUAGUUACUUGUACCCAGUUGAUGCGUUUGAGCGGCCACGACUUUCAUCUUAUUCUUUUCAACAGAUAUCUAUGAUACCCAAUGAUUAUUGUUUGUUUGACUACGCGUAACGUUUUGGUUUGGCUUUCGGUUUCCACAGUCCGGGCCUGUUUUUGGAGGCAUUUCAGCAAUGGAGAACUCCUUUCCUUCUGUCAUGAGUCAGUCGGGCCGGGGUGACCUGGGAGGCGCUCAAAUGGUCAUUCAGCAGUAUGCCAGGUAUCCUCUGGAGCCGGCACUGCAUAGUGCUUCUUCGAUGGGUAGUGCUCGCAGCCGAAUACCUGCUUCCAGGUCUCCUCCCCUCCAUCGCAAAGAGACCCCCCGCAGUCUGCAAUCUUCGCCAGCAGCCCCACGAUCGGUGAUCCCUCCGGCGUCUACGGUACGUUCAGGGCCAUCGAUGUCACCUCCAGUGUUUGAUCCGCUUCGUCAAAGGCCGGCGAGGGACUCGAUGGACCGGGGCGAGUCUCGCACCCUUCCAUCCCGUGAUGUGACGGAUGAAUCAAUUGACGAGGCCUAUAUCAACUUCAUCCUUUACUGCAACCCGGGUGUUCCUCUAUCUGUGGAUACAACUGAGUUGCGAAAGACGUUCCGGUCGCCUCCACGGAGUGAUGGCAAGAGUUUUAGCAUCUUCAACCUCUGGGAACUGAUUCGCAGGCUUGACAAUAAAGACCUGAAAACAUGGAUUCAGCUGGCUAUUGAGCUAGGUGUUGAGCCUCCUUCUUUUGAAAAGAAACAGAGUACACAGAAGGUCCAGCAGUACACUGUUCGACUCAAGCGUUGGAUGCGUGCAAUGCAUGUCGAUGCAUUUUUUGAAUAUUGCCUCGGUCAUCCGCAUCCGUACUACACACAACUCCCCCCGGCCAGCACCCUUGUCAGUGAAAGCCGCGAUGGGGUUCCACUGGAAGAAGACCUGGCUCUGCGAGCCCUUGUUCCACAAUGGAAGCCCAAGCGUGGGAGGAAACGUGCUGAAGACAAAGAAAGUGACGAAGGAAAGCCAGUCAAACGACCUCAAUUGGAUACUUCCGUCGGCACCUUGUCUACCGGUUCCUUUCCUACUCACUCUGCAACAUUCCCUCAGAGUGCCAUCCCUUUUAGUGCAUUUCCCGAUGAUAUGGAAUCAAACGAUCCAUGGAUGACUGCGGCAUCCUCGUUUCCUGCAGAUGGUGCUUCUGAGGCUGGGGCUGCUCAACAAGGCCAGGAUCUUCGGUGGAGACCUCUGGAGAGAGAUGCUUCACCUGCUGGAUAUCCACAGUCUGCCAUCAUCCCGAGAGGUCACCACCCAUCAGAUAUAUUUCUAUCUGCAGAGCCACGGUCAGCAGUUACACCAUCUUCUGGGGAAAAGGCACGAUCGAGGAGAAGACAUGGUCCUGCGGUAUCAUCUGCCUGGCCCAGUAGCAAUGGCUUAUCCACAGGCAAGACACGAGGAAGACCGCCAAGCAAGGGCACUGUUUCCGGUCCAUUCUCAACCUUUCCUGUUAACCCAGGGCGCAUUGAAUCACCUCAAGUUCAAAACCCCGGCCCUCGGUCUUCUCCUGCUAUUGUGAUUGGACAGGACACCCCCACUCAUCUUUCGAAUCCACAGUACAACCAGUCGCCGACACCAUUUGCGCAACCAAACGGCAGGCCUAGUAAGCUUCAAUUACAGGUCCCUCAGCAUCCCGGUGGCCCCGUACGUCUUGCAACACCACCUACUUUGCUUGUAAAUGGAGUCACCUCUACACAGUCACACGGGUCCAGCAAGCCGAAUGAUGGACCAAACGAACCGUCUCGCAUCCCAAUCGGGUCUUCUAACUCUUCUAAUGGGAAUCACCAAAGCACCCAAUCUGGAUUGAACAUCACAACUGAAGACGUAAUCCGUGUGCUGUCGACUGAAUUGGUUCACGCAAGACUUGUCGGGCGAGUAUUACCCCUGAGUGCUGAGGAAGCACGCAGUCUAGCCGUUUCUAUUGUGCAGAAGCUGAGUACCUCGUACUCUCAGCAUCCCGCUGUGUCACCGACUAUAAUGUUAUCCAUUCACCUCGGACUAGGGCAUCAUUUCGGUAUUACGGAGAGCAUCCCGAGCUCAAUGGUUAUUCAUGCCAGAGCGCCCUCUGUGGCCACUUUCGACGGAUCUGGUGCUUCCGGAAGUGCUGUUUAUACCGUAUCUCAUGAAUAUAAAACCGGUUCUUGCAUUUCAACAAAGGUUACUUGCAGUGAUCUUGAGGUUGGAAAUUCGAAUAUCAAGUCUGAUGAUGCAUUCAAGAACGAUUCAUUCAACAACAGCAUUGAAGAAUCUGACGGGCUGACCGAUGCUGAAUUCGAAGAUGAUGGGGCAGACAGCACUGUAUCCGAGACAACGUGGAAACAGCGAUACCUGAAACUCCGAGCUCAAAUGCAAAAGAAAGACCGUUCCUUGUCACAAUACAAACGCAAGAUUCUUGAAUCUGUCAUGGCAGACAUAUGAUCAGUUGUCUGCAGCAUAUAUUUUACUUUUCUACAUUCUCCGCCCAUGCCGGUCCUGGACAUAUUGAUGAUCUGUUUUUGGAAAUGUGAAGUGCAGAUGAUGAUACCUAUUGCUGUUUUUUUUUUUUUGGUUUCAUAGUCUUCCUUUACAGAUACCCCAUGAGCGUUACCCACCUGUCAUUAGUGUAUAUUUCAAUGUCUUU